GGCUGACCCUAACCUAGAGCUUAACCUAACCUGAUACUCGUAUGUGCAGUUUUGGAAAAAGAGUCGAUUCGGAAUCAAGCAUGGUUUUCUUGUCGUUGAACCUUUUAACCAGAGCCCGCGGGCCUAAUGAAUUCUGGCGAAAACGGAAAAUAUUCAAGCUUGCCGCUCAUUACAUCGGUAGAAGAAGAAAUUGUUACAGUAUAGCUAUCAGAAACGUACAUAGAGCUCUGAUAUAUUGCACUCGAGGUAGGAAACUGAAAAAGGAAGAUAUGAAAGAGUUGCGGGAGCAGAGGAUAGAAGCUGCCUCGACAGAACAUGGUAUUAAUUUCACAACCCUUAAAGAAGGAUUAACGAGAUGUAAUGUACUACUGAAUCGAAAGUCACUGGCCGACUUGGCAAUCUGGGAGCCUCGAUCUUUCAAAGCCAUUACCGAUAUCGCGUGUGCGAGAGCGAAGCAAGACCAUCUCAAAACUACUAUGGACAUCCAAGUACCAAAGAGUGUUAUUGUAAGGGGUUUGAUUAAAUAAUUCUCUUGGCUAGGUGGAAUAAAGAGAGUUUCAUCCGUU